UGCACCGCAAAGGAGCAAGCACAGCGAGACUGAUCGGCCAUCAAGGGGAUGCGGCAUCGGUACGCGGGAGCUGUCUAUCAGCACCAGAACCCCCAGCAAAAGCGAGCCAGUAGCAAGCCGAGCGGGGAGCCAGCAGACGCGCCUGUUUUCAGCCUGCCGCCCCCGCCCUCUUCUUCUCACCACCGAGACCGCGCUUCGACUACCGACGCUCACCGCCGGAGCCUCCAGGAGCUCCCGUGCGUGAGCCAGCCUGCACGGCGAGCCCCGCAAGGUGGGGAUACGCCACCUUCGGCGAGCUCCUGCAACGCCGAAGGCGGCGUUACCGGUGCGCCGGCCACCUUGCAGCAGGAUCCCUGGGCCCCGGCCCCGGUUUUUCCGAGCUGCCACUGCAGCUUUUCCACGCAGGAGGCGAACCAUUCACAAAACCAGCCACACCAUCGCGUCGCACCACCGCAGCCCUCCCCACCUUUCCCCCCGCCUAUACCUCCGCCGCCGACCACCACCGCCACAACCUCCUCCUCCUCCUCCUCACUGCUGUUUUCUCGGGAAUCCAAACGAGGGGAUCGUCUGGGAAGGAGCGCCAAUAAUUACCAACAGGCGAGCAACGUGGAACGCUGCAGGGGAGGAGGAGGAGCAGGAGGGCAACGAGACUACAGGCAGUUGCAGCAGCAGCAGCAGCAGCAGCAACACUGUCAUCCAAGACUCCUACCGAGGGACUCCUCCCCUGAAGGAAUCGGUGCAAACUCACAGAAAAGGUGCACAGACAGACGAGCAUUCGAGCCCCAGGCGCAGGAGCAACAGAUUCCUCAAUUAAGAGCUCGGCAGCAGCUCCUGGUGGGGAGCAGCUUGCCUAUCAACCACUGCGCCAGCGGCUCCGGUGAGCUAUGUAGGACUCACCAGGCUCCACUGCUGCAUCAACAGCAGCAGCAUCAACAGCAGCAGCAGCAGCAGCAGCAGAAGCAGCAGCAUCAGAACAGCGCACCGGGGCAGCACUGUGAAGCCCGAGAGCGCAAAAAGUCCGCGAGGACCCCCGCGCCGGGCGACCCGCAGGCGCAGCCGCACGGCGCAACGCCCCCGGCGACACAGCAGGCGGACGCGGCCAAGUCGAGCGCGACUGCAGGCGGCAGCAACAACAGCAGUAACAGCAGUAGCAGAGAGAGCCCCAACUACGGCUCCAGCUAUCACCUGUGGCCCGAGAGCCCGCACAAGCCGGGAGAGGAGAGGAUACGCAUCGAGCUCCACAAGGCCACAACUGAGAAGAAGAAGCUGAGCCAUGCUGGAUCCAAGCCCUCCCUCUCCGAGAGCAGCGGCCGACUCCCUCAGAUAGCCAUGAACACCUGCAAGUACAAUGGCGGCGUGGUGAGACCACUCGUGGGCAGUCUGGCGUCGUCGUCGCGCCGCAACCUCGCGGAGCUCGACUCGGAAACGCAGCCCCUACAGACGCUGCACAGCUCUGGCCUGGAGGUGGUGGUGUCUAAGGGUAAUGGCGGCGAAGACCCCAGUAAGGCGUCCAAUGAGAGCCUGGUCAGGGAGGGCAGUGGGCGUGGCAGAGGCAGGGCGCCACAAAAGAAAAACAGGGACAUUGGCUACAAGCUCGGCCACCGGAGGGCACUGUUCGAGAAGCGAAAGCGGCUCAGCGACUACGCGCUCAUCUUUGGAAUGUUUGGGAUUGUAGUCAUGGUGACGGAGACUGAAUUGUCAUGGGGGGUUUACACUAAGGAAUCUUCAUACUCAUUUGCACUGAAAUGCCUUAUCAGCCUUUCCACUGUUAUACUGCUUGGUCUUAUAAUAAUGUACCACGCACGGGAAAUCCAGCUGUUUAUGGUCGACAACGGUGCAGAUGACUGGAGGAUAGCCAUGACCUAUGAGCGGAUCUUCUUCAUCGUGCUGGAGCUGCUGGUGUGUGCCAUCCAUCCCAUCCCCGGCCAGUACGUCUUCACAUGGAAGGCCCGGCUGGCUUUUACGUACGCGCCAUCCGUGGCAGAUGCCGACGUGGACAUCAUCCUCUCCAUCCCCAUGUUCCUGAGACUUUACCUGAUCGGCAGGGUCAUGCUACUUCAUAGCAAGCUGUUCACGGAUGCUUCGUCUCGCAGCAUCGGCGCCCUAAACAAGAUCAACUUCAACACACGCUUUGUCAUGAAAACGCUCAUGACCAUCUGCCCAGGAACAGUUCUGCUCGUGUUCAGUAUAUCGUCCUGGAUCAUUGCUGCAUGGACUGUGCGCGUCUGCGAGAGGUAUCAUGACAAACAGGAAGUGACCAGUAACUUCCUGGGCGCUAUGUGGCUCAUCUCAAUUACCUUCCUCUCCAUUGGUUACGGGGACAUGGUACCGCACACGUACUGUGGGAAAGGCGUGUGUCUGCUUACAGGGAUUAUGGGAGCUGGCUGCACUGCACUUGUAGUUGCAGUGGUAGCCAGGAAGCUGGAGCUGACCAAGGCGGAGAAGCACGUCCACAACUUCAUGAUGGAUACGCAACUCUGCAAACGAGUGAAGAACACAGCUGCCAAUGUACUCAGGGAAACAUGGCUCAUCUACAAACACACCAAGUUGGUCAAGAAGAUUGAUCACGCCAAGGUGCGGAAACACCAGCGCAAGUUUCUCCAAGCCAUUCACCAACUGCGCAGUGUGAAGAUGGAGCAGAGGAAACUCAAUGAUCAGGCCAACACGUUGGUGGACCUGGCGAAGACCCAGAAUGUGAUGUAUGACCUGGUGUCAGAACUCCAGGAGCGCAGCGAGGAGCUGGACAAGCGAAUCGGCACACUGGAGGACAAGCUGGACUCGGUGACGGGCAGCCUGCAGGCGCUGCCCUGCCUCAUCUCCCAAGCCAUAACCCAGCAGCAGCAGGACUUCCUGGACGGCUUUGUUCACCGCUUCCGGCCCGCGUCGCUAGCUUCGGAGCGCUCCGAACGCUCCGAGCGAUCCUGGACGUCGACUACCCGCAGGCGGCGCUCGCCGUCCACUGCACCACACACCUCCUCCGACAGUGGAUAACCUCCAAGACACACCUUACCAAAAUCCAUCUCAUCACUUCAUUCGUCUCCUUCUCAAAGAGUCCAUCGCUGGACUGAUGAUGAGUCCAUAUCCUGACCUCCCUCUACCCCCCCUACCCCUCUCUACCCUCUUAACACCAAUGAAAUCCAAAAACCAAUUUCUCUCCCACUGUGACUGUGUUUCAGCGCAGGACUGGAUUAGAGCAACUCCCAGCAGAGGAUAACAAACACACACACAAAAAAGAAAUCUAGAAAAAAAUACAAAUGCAUUUGAAAAACAAAAAAAGAAACAAAAGAAAUAGACUGAAAAAACGAGAUAAAGUAGAGAUAUGGUUUAUGUUUUAGCCAUUGUAUGGCUGUUCAAGUUAGCUUUUUUGUAAAAGCCCUUAAAAAUUGACUGAGUUCAGGGUCGCUGGGGUGAGAGCUGGCUAUCACACCGGAGAGUCCUUAACCACCGGGAGGGGGGGCACCAGAGGGGAUCAGUGUGGCCUGCCAGCCAGAGGUCAUCUGCUGGUAUCCGGUGAGGAGUAUGAGACAAAAUUUUGGAUUUCCCUUUCAAAAGACUCGUGUCUUGGAUUCUUUCCCGUAGGUUAGGGCAAAAGCUGUCGGAGAGGCCGAACGUGCCGACUGGAGCUCAGUCGAUGUUGGAGACUGCACUAAAGCGGAGAGGAGGACGAAAGUGUUGCACACAAGCGGAGUGAAGGGGAGAGGCGGGGGGGGGGGGGGCGCUAUGGCAUUACUACUGGGUAGGAAAAAUUUACACAAUUGCCAACUUCAAGGUUUCAGCUUCCUUGUUCUUAAGAAAAAAAAUAAGAGCGACUAUCUUUUUUAGUUACAUAUUGACGUGAUUUUUCAGUGCCUGAAUGUAUAAAUAGUAGAGGGUUAUUUAAUUACUAAUUUCAGAGCUUUUUUACGAUGUUAACAGUCUGACUAAAGCAUUGCAUUCCCUUUUCAGAUACAUUCCUCCCCAAAUAUCAAAAGAAAACGUCCUAAAACGAUGCAUAACAUUGCCUCCAUUAACCAACCUUGUUUUGAAAACCAUUUUUUUCUUUUCUACUUAUACUAACACAGUGUGGGGGUAAAGGAGAAUGUUCAGAGAGCGAGCGAACGUGUGCUUUAUGUGUGUUUGUAUGAAUAUGAGUUCACUUUUUAGCUUGCUGCUGCCCACCCAUACACAAGAGUGGGAAAAUGUGGCGAACCUUCCACGGUACCACUAAUUAGAGCACCCUGUGCUCUCCAGAUAAUGGCAUGUCUUGAGGGCUGCUGGUGUAAAUGGGCUAAAGUGAGAAAAGAAGAGGAGAAAAAAAACUCCCACCCUGUCCCUGUGCAUUGUUCUGUGCAAAAAUGACAGAUGAAUGGAAUGUUCCUCGGAUGGCUUGCUGAUCUCAGAUUUGGAUUCUUUUUGUCACUUUUCUGUUAUUUUCCGUUGAAAUCUUUUUUUUUUUUAUAACAACUACAGAGUUGCAGUAAAUGUGAUUCUGUAAUGCAUUCCCCGAUUAAAAUGAUGAGGUGGAGUAAAACCAUGAUUACACAAAAAAAAAACUCUUCUGAAAGGAUGCAAAUUAAAAUCAUUAAGGAACUUUGAUGAGUGAACACUGAAAAUCUAAACAAAUAUGCGCUGCUUUGCCAGGAAUUCAAAUGAGUACAUUGACACCAACUAAGAAAUGAGAUCUUAGCACUGCUAAAUUUAAAAUAGCGACCUUGUAUAAACUUAGAGAAUUUUUUUUAUUCUUGCUUUUAUAUUUCAAAAGGGCAACAAGAUCAUAUUUUAAGAGUGACAAGAAUAAUUCUAUUUGUAUUUCUCGACCUAGCUCUGUUUAGUAUUGGGAGGCUUGCUGGUUGCCUAGCAACCACACAGUCCUCGUAAGAAAGGAUUCCCAUUGGAAUUAAUUAAAUUAACAUGAGAAAAAUAAUGUGGUACCACAAGGCAAAAUUCCAACAUCCGUUGUUUUAUUUAUCAAGUCAAAAACGUUUUUUUCUUUUUUUUUUUACAUUGCUCAGUGGCACACUGCUGUUUUUAAAAUCCUUCGAAAAUAUUUACUCCAAUUGAAAUUACUUUAAAAGGCAUGGUUUGAUGCAAGUUCUAUUUGAAAUGACUAGUUUUCGAGUGGAAAAAAAAUGGUAAGCUUUUUAUUAAUGUUUUCUAUUGGACACAGAAUAGAACGAACCUUCAAAGUUGAACUUCCAAGUACUGCAGUCACCUCAAACCAAAUUUCCCCUGUUGUUGUUGUAUUUUUUUUCCCCCAAUUUCAUACCAGCACCAUCAGAUAGCCACCUCUUGAGCAGUUCCCCCCCAUUGGUACUCUGGAUGUAAAAAGUCAACACAGCUCUGUUCAAAUGCUGCAUUUGUUUUUAAAUAAUAUGAUACCAAGAUAAAUGAUUUCAAAACAGAAUUUGGUAUUUUUGAUGAUUUAUCAGGGCAUCAUUUUUUUCAUAACAGAAAAACCUGGCAUUUGAAGAUUGGAGACUUUUUAUAGCCACUGUAUAUAAUAUAAAAUGUGCUUAUGUGGCAUCAGCGAGGUCAAGUACUGUAGAUUUUUUUUAACGUAAUGUUACCCUUAUGAGGUGAUCUUUAUUAUAGUAUCUUUCCAGAAGAUUCAUGGAAAAUUCCCAUGGGAAGUUAAGAUGGGGAAUUGUCAAAAUAUUCAAAAAUGUAAACGUUUUAUGGGAAUUAAGAUUUUGUUUUUGUGGUCAUCAGCAGACAGCCACGCAAUAUAGGUACGGUAAAGUAAGUGCUUCAUUUUCUCCCUCCCCCCUUUACUCAAGGGGUGGCAUAUCUCCAUCUUGCUGAUACAGUAUUUCAAAUUUAGGUACGCAACACAAAGCAAAAAAAAAAAAAAAAAAAGAGCAAGCAACAGCUCAUAAAAAACUCAGAUUUGGGCACUCAAUACUCAAAUACUGGCAUUUUCCCCAAAAGUCUUGUAUUCGCAGCCAACAUUCAAAGUUUGGAUUAUUCCUGUGUAGUACCACACAUUCACAUUAAUUUCCAUGGAAAAGCUUCCAACUCAGAAAUUAAUAGUUUAAGUGAUGACAUCAAAAAAACUUCAAAUCUUUUCGCUGCUCACCUAGCUGAAACCUCAUGUGACAAAACAAAUCACGAUGGCUUGAAGGCCGAAUUUUAUCUUUUGGGGUUGAGCUCCGAAUUGCGCCAAUUUCAGGGUUCAACUUUGGAUGUUCUACUAUUUGAAGAGCUAGUAAAGAGAGUUAGUUGGUUGGGGCCAAGUUUGGUGUCCUUUGAACGCUACGUCAUCUUGAAAAAAAAAAAAGGAUUUUGCUGAUAAAAUUGUCAGUGUGGCAUUUCAGCUCAUUGUUUAUUAUUUUGUGACUUUUAUUUCGGCCAUGAUUGAGCAGUACCCCUCUUCGAUUUAGUCCAAUGAGUCAUUUUGGACCCACAAUCAUUUCAGAAUAUAUUCUGUCCUCUAUGAGUGCAAGCAUGAAUAUUUGCUUUUUUAUUUUCCUGCCCACCUUCAGUUUAUUGAGCAUGACUUAUAUUUUUCCUGAGUCCCCCCCCAUAACCUCCCCCUCCAUCUUGUACAGUGCUACCCUCCUCUGACCGAUUCCGUAUGACAGAUCUCCAUCCCGUCAUUACGGCCUCCAUUUUCAAUCAAUGUCAUCCAAUUACUUAUGACGGUUAAUGGCAGGCGCCUUGAUGUGACCUAGUAUGCCUGUUCGUGUCUCACGGUUCAAUCUCUUGAUUAUGUCGUGAGGUCUAGCCUCAUGUUUGUCAUCUGUCAUCAUUAGGAAUAUGAGUCAGAGGCUUCCAAAAUGGCCUAUGGCAAAAAACCUUGAAUAUAAAAAGAUAACUACAACAGCAGGGUAACACUCGGGUCGUGCUCGGUGAGUGUGUAAUAUUUGGUUCCACAGGGUAGGAUGGUCUGAUGGUGUCAUCGCACUGAAGAGGGAACACAUAGAACGGAGACGUGAUUCAUAAUUUGUCCGGCAGAAGAGGGCAGAUUUUAAAUGUGACUAAUGAGAAAUAAUUGCUAAACAAAAAUGUGAAAUUUGGGAACCUAUUCCAUUUUGAACAUUUGUAUUUGCAUUUCUAUGAAUUAGAAUACUAGAGAAGCUCAUUUAAUUCACAUUAUUUGUGAAUCAUAUAGUAUAUAGGUUCAUAAAACACACAGGCCAAUAGUUAAAUAAGUUCCAUAUUAAAAAUUCUUGAGAUUUAUUUUUUUUGUGGGCCGUGGGAGGUUCAUUGGCUAAAAUUAUAAAAAUCACUCAUUAUAUUUCAUUUCAUACAACAUGAAUACAUAUCAUAUAUGAGGUUCACUUUUUCAUAUACAAAAACAAAAUUGUUUUCAAUAAUACUAAUUUAUGUUGAUCUAUUGAUGAAAGUAUGAGCCAGCUUCUGUUGUCUUGCACUCUUCUCUUUGUUACAUACAUUGGAUAUAAAAUGUUUACACACCCCUGUCCAAAUGCCAGGUUUUUGUAAUAAUUCAAAACAAAACAUAGAUCAUUCUUUUCAAAAUGUCAUUUUUCCACCAUUAAUGUGGCCUAUAACCUGUACGACAGAAAUGAUACUCUGAGGUGAAGCAGUUGCACAAGUCGGCACUUCCCUCAUCAGUGGGGACGUGACUUUGUUCAGAAUCACUUUCAAAUUCAUGGUUAAUAGAAGUCAGCACACCUCUCACCAGUUCGUGCUUCCGAUUAACUAAGUUAAGAUGUUCUAGUAGGCUUUCCUUUUUUGCUUUUUAACACAAACCUGAAGCUUUUGUGCUCAAUUUGUUCGUUAAUAUUAUUUGGAGCUGUUUAGAGUGAUCUCUACCUUGAAAAAGGCCCAACUUCCGGCUGAAGAAAAAAAAAAACGUCUCAACCUGCCACCACCAUCCUUCGCUGUAUGUACGGUGUUUGUUUAGUAAUGCACACUGAUGUGGUUUUGCGCCAAUGACUUAUGUGGCCAACCUGCUUUCGUCGGAGGAUAACACAUUUUUCCACAAUUGGAUUUUAAUUGUGUUUUUUUUUCUUUGUACGAAAAGGCUCACGUCUUGCCACAUUACCACAUAGCUGAGAUAUAUGAAGAAGAUGUUGCCACUCACGUAAUUUUCAAAAAUUCCUGCAGACGUUUCAACGUUGUCAUUGGCCUCUUGGCAACGUUCUUUGCCUGUUUUCUUCCAGUCUUGUCAAUGUGGGAGGCAUGUCCAGUUCUUGGUAGUAUCACAUGACCGUCAUUACUGUGUUCCUUGGUAUACGGUAUUUAUUGAUUUGGAAAUACUUUUGGACCGCUCUCCUGAUUGAUACCUUUGAACAAUGAUAUCCUUUUGAUGCUGUGGAAGCUCUCUGGGGAACAGAGCUUGUGCUAUAAGAUGUGAUUUUGAAAAUGUCUGGGAAAUCCUACUAGAACCACUGAACUUUAUUUGGUACAAAUCAAUGCACUUUAAGUUUUGGCAAGUGUGUGCUGACUUCCACUUAACAUUAGAUUGAAUGUGCUCGGUUAUUUCUCAACACAGCCAGAUCCAACAGGGUAUCCAUAUUAUCUAAAAAAAAUAAAUAAAUUCUCCUCAAAGAGAUGUUUUUUUUUUAUUUAAACUAUCUUAGUUUCAUAUUUUAUAUCAUAGAUAUCUUGCAUUUGAACAGGGCUGUGUAGACUUCUUCCCCUGUAUGACAAACAAAAACCCGCCAAAACAUUAUUUCAAAAUUCAAUAGUUGGCCAAUUUUAUCCUCUUGAAAACAGCAAAAAUCUCAUUGUGAAGCUGAUGGACUUGUUUUAUGGUAUUUUAAUUGUUUUAGGUAAGAGAUCCCAGUCUUUUAUCACCCUGGAAAGAACGCAACACACCUUGAUUGAACAAUAGUCCUCGCCAAAAUCAGAUGUAACCCAUCCAUUGUUCUGUGUACAUUGCCUCAUGGUACAUAAUGUACGUGGUAGCACUGGAAUAAAUCAACAACGUUCAGUGACGGCAAAAGGUUGAACAUGUUCUCUGUAUGCACUGUGCUGAUUUUUUUUAUUUUCGCAGGUCAACUGUUGUCCUAGCAAGGAGAGACACAAAGGUCAUAACAUUAAAGACUUUCCCCAUUAAUACAUUUGUAUAGAGCUCUUCUUUUUUUUUUUUUUUUUUAAGGGUCGGGG